ACCCGGACGAUGCAAGUAUUACUUCCGCAAAAGUUGCACUGCAAGUUGGGGGAUAUAAUAUGAAGGUAGUAGAGUCGGUCAUCGCCAUCCAAUCCAAGCCUAGAAAAAGAUGUUCCUAAGCGUCAUACUAAAUGCUUCGGGCGCUCAAAGAGUUCACACACUGUUGCCUUCCUCCAUCAUGAAUGCUUUGGAGAUAAGAAGAAAUAUCAAACGCUUCCGAAUACUCAUUAUUGGAAGAGCGAACGCAGGAAAAACCACCAUCCUCCGGAGGGUUUGUAAGACACGGGAGAACCCAGAAGUAUACAACAGCGCCGGGAAAAAGAUAGAUCCUGCCGUGUUGAUGGCAUCUAGAGAGCGCGGAAUGCACGACAUCGAGAAUGAAAUGGUGUUUCGAAACAACCCAGGCUUCGUCUUCCACGAUUCACGUGGGUUUGAGGCAGGAGGACAGUCCGAAUUCGAUAAGGUGAAGGCUUUUAUCGCAAGUCGUUCUAAGAAGCCACAUUUGUGCGAUCGAAUCCAUGUCAUAUGGUACUGCAUUCCGAUGGACGAGGAUGGCAGGUCUUUCACGGAAGGGGAAGUCAAGUUUUUUUCUCAGUGUGAUACUGGAAGCAUCGCAGUAAUAGUGUUAUUCACUAAAUUCGACGCUCUCUACGAUGAUGAGUUUGCAGAGCUAAUAAGCAAGGGAGUAUCGAGAAAAGAUGCUGAAGCGCUGGCCCCGCAGCAUGCCAAAGAUGCAUUCGUCAAUGGGCCACAACUAAAGCUUUUGUACAACUCCAAGGGCAACCAUCGUCCUCCAAGAUGUCACAUAUGCCUGCCUGAUAUGGACAAGGAUGAUGCAGACUGCGGGCCACUUAUUGAACGCACGGCUGAAACUUUGGAUGAUGAUACACUCAAACAGAUGUUUGUCUCGACUCAGCGGACCAACUUGGAGGUGUGCAUGAGAUAUGCAGUCAAAUGGCCACUUGCACAGCACCUAAACUUCUCUCAGAAAAUCUCAUCGUGCAUAUCUGGGAAAUCCGACCGCCAGAUUGUAAACGAGUUGGGUUUGUGGUUUCCAUAUACCUCAGUGAGAUUUGUCUGAUCAUCUCUGCCAGCAUGCUGACUUAAGGCAUUCUUGAUCCCUUA